AUGGCAGCCCUGCGGCUCCUGGAGUCUGCGCUCGGGCGCCGGGUCCCCGCCGGCCGCUCGGUGCCCGCGCUGGCGACGGGCGGUGUGUGCGGCUUCGCCAGCAGCGCCCGCGCGCGUGCCAAGUCCUACGCGGACCCCGUGGAGGCCGUGAGAGACAUCCCGGACGGCGCGAGGAUCAUGGUCCGGGUCUUCGGCCUCUGCGCGAUCCCGGAGAACCUGAUAGGGGCGCUGCUCAAGACCCGCGUGAAGGACUUGACCGUGGUCAGCAGCAAUGUGGGGGAGGAGAACUUCGGGCUCGGCCUUUUCCUGGGGACCAAGCAGAUCACCCACAUCGUCUGCUCGUACUUGGUGGAGAACUCGCUCUGCGAGCACCGGUACCUGGCGGGCGAGCUGGAGCUGGAGAUCACACCCCAGGGCACCCUGGCCGAGCGCAUCCGCGCGGGGGGCGCCGGCGUGCCCGCCUUCCACACCCCCACGGCCUGCGGGACCCUGGCCCAGGAGGGAGGCGCACCCAGCAAGUGCUUAGAGGACGGCCACAUCGCCAUCCUGAGUCAGCCCAGGGAGGUGAGGGAGUUCCACGGACAGCACUACCUUCUGGAGCACGACGUCACGGCCGAUUUUGCUUUGGUGAAAGGGUGGAAGGCCGACCGGGCAGGAAACGUCAUCUUCAGGGCCAGUGCCAGGAACUUCAACGUGCCCAUGUGCAAAGCUGCGAGAACCUCAGUGGUGGAGAUUGAAGAAAUUGUGGACCUGGUGUCGUUUGCCCCAGAGGACAUCCAUGUUCCUAACAUUUACUUAGAGGACAUCCAUGUUCCUAACAUUUACUUAGAUCGAGGAAUACAGGGGGGAAAAUAUGAGAAAAGAAAUGAGCGUUUAACGAUGCGGAAAGAGGAUGAUGAAAUAUGCAAGUCUGCAGAUAGUAUAAGGACACGGAUCCUCAAGCAGGCAGCUCUUGACUUUGAGGACGGCCUGUGUGCCAGUUUAGGCAUAGGAAUCCCUCUUCUGGCCACCAGCUACAUCAGCCCCAGUAUAACCGUUCAUCUUCACAGUGAAAAUGGAAUCUUGGGCUUGGGUCCGUUCCCACUGAAAGAGGAGGUGGACGCAGAUCUCAACAACGCGGGCAAGCACACAGUGAUCCUUCUUCCUGGGGGCUGUUUUUUCUCCAGCGAUGACUCAUUUGCCAUGAUUUGAGGGGGACACAUCGACCUAACCUUGCUGGGAGCCAUGCAGGUUUCCAAAUAUGGUGACCUGGCUAACUGGAUGAUACCUGGCAAGAAGGUGAAAGGAAUGGGGGGUGCGAUUCUGGUGUCCAGUACCAAGACCAGAGUGAUGGUCACCACGGAGCACUCCACCAAGGCCAGUGAACCCAAAAUUUUGGAGAAAUGUACCAUGCCGCUGAAUGGAAAGCGGUGUGUGGACUGAAUCAUCACCGAGAAGGCCGUGUUUGACAUGCCUGGAGGACUGGGCUUCCCUGGUGGCGCAGUGGUUGAGAAUGCACCUGCCAAUGCAGGGGACACGGGUUUGAGCCCUGGUCCGGGAAGGUCCCACUUGCAACAGAGCAACGCAGCACGUCUAAACCUAGCUGGAAAGUGAACCUUGGUCCCAGAGCGUGUGCUUCUCCCUUUAACCUCCUGGAUUGCAUCCUGAGAAAGCCUCAGUCACAUUUCUGCAUUUCACCAGCAUCUGGCCGGCUUUCUCCUGCCAUCCCAGACCGGCUGCCACUGGAUAGGCUUUGUUCUCUCAAGAGGGACAUGCCUUUAAUUAAAAACGAAAGGAAAACAGAGGCACUGACCUUAUAUGUCCUGUGAGUUCUGAGAAAGCUCUGCUCCAAUCACCCUGCUCCCUGUCUGUGAUAUUUACAUUAAAUUCUAUACAGCUUGAGAUGAUCCCAUGGGAAAGGUUUCACUGAAGUUCUUGCUCUUGUGAAUGAAUCAUGAAACGUAGGGAAAA